CUCUCUUUCUCUGUAUGGCUGUGAAUCCAGCGAGGUGAGCUUGGCACAGGAGGAGGACUGUCUGGCUUUGCGCGCAGUUUGCAGACACAUUUGCGAGGGAGCCUUGCUGGAAUAUAUUCAGGGGUGAAGAACCGAAGGAGAAAGGGCGAAACCCUCCUACAGCCUGCGCUUUCUUCUUCUUCUCCCUCUCUGUCUAUCUCUGGACGCAAAGACUUGGGCAAAAUGGUUUUUCCGAAAUCUCAGUGACUGCGAUGUCAGCACCUCUCAUCUACCGCUUGUGGAGCACAGACUGAAGAAAUACACGUAGUGAGAGAAGAAAAAACACGUUAGUCCGGUCAGGUGGUUUUCUCUCUGGAGAGCAGCCGUUCAUUCACGGCGCACUGGAUUCAAGUAACACUCGCCCCUGGCAGCUGAAGAUGACGUUACUAUGGAAACAGUUUUUGCUGCUAUCAAUCAUGGAGUAUCUUGCAGAGUGUAUGGAUUACAAGUCUUUUAAUGGGCCGAAAUGGCGAAUGGAGCCCAGUGAUCUGACAGUGGGCUCGCUGGAAGAAGAGGCUACACUGACCUGUGAUGCAAAGGGCAUUCCUUCCCCUCAGUACAGGUGGUCUCUGAAUGGCACAUUGAUUAAUCUCAGUACCGAUUCCCGUCGGCGGCUAUCUGGAGGAAAUUUGGUCAUUAGGAGUCUGGACCGGGCCCAGGAUGGAGGAAUAUACCAGUGCACUGCCUUCAACCCACAGGGAGCAAUUCUUAGCAGAAGAGCGAGCCUCCAGUUUGCAUACUUAAAUUUGAAAACUCAAACGAGAAGUGCUGUCUCUGUGCGAGAAGGCCAGGGGGUAGUUUUACUUUGUGGUACGCCAUCAUAUGCAGGAGAUCUCUCAUUUGCAUGGGUCUUUAACGAGUACCCUUACUUUGUUCAGCAAGACAAUCGUCGCUUUGUCUCUCAGGAGACGGGAAACCUUUACAUCGCCAAAGUCGAGCCCUCGGAUGUGGGUAACUACACGUGCGUGGUGGUAAACCGCAUCACUAAAGGCAAAGUCCUCAGCUCACCGACCCCUUUGGUUCUACGAACCGAUGGCGUAAUGGGUGAAUAUGAGCCAAAAAUAGAGGUUCAUUUCUCUGACAUGGUUCCAGCUGCAAAGGGAUCAGUUGUGACACUGGAGUGUUUUGCUUUGGGGAACCCAGUUCCAGAGAUAACGUGGAGGAGAGCAAAUGGAGUGCCGUUUCCCAGCAAGGUGAAGAUGAAGAACUCAAAUGUAGUUCUGGAGAUUCCCAGUUUCCAGCAGGAGGACGCCGGCGGCUAUGAAUGUGUGGCAGAGAACAAGAUGGGAAAGAACACAGUGCAAGGACGACUGUCUUUCCAUGCAAAGCCUCAGUGGGUUCAGACGAUGCGAGACAACGCUUUGUCAGUUGAAGAGAGAUUGUUCUGGGAGUGUAAGGCUAAUGGGAAGCCCAAGCCUUCAUACAGCUGGCUGAAGAAUGGAGAACUACUGGCAGCUGAGGACAGGAUCCAGAUAGAGAAUGGAGCCCUGACAAUCAGCUCCGUAAACCUCUCAGAUGCUGGCAUGUAUCAGUGUGUCGCUGAGAACAAACACGGAAUCAUUUAUUUUGGUGCCGAAUUGGUGGUGUUAGCCUCGCCCCCAGACUUUUCCAGAAGCCCUCUCAGAGCGCUGCUUAAAGCCAAGACGGGUAGCACAGUCACCAUGGAGUGUAGGCCGCAGGCUUUUCCCACAGCCAUCAGCAUGUGGAGGAAAGGCAACGAACCGGUGCAGAGCUCAGAAAGGAUAACUUUACUCCCUGAUGGAACACUUAGAAUUACAAAUGUGACCAAGAUGGACGGAGGAAACUACGCUUGCUUGGCUAGAAACCAGUUUGGUGCGGCCAGCACUACAGGAAGACUGCUGGUCACAGAUCCGACACAAAUCACCCAGGGUCCAGUGGACAUGGAGAUCAUUGUUGGGGAGAGCAUCGUGCUGCCCUGCCAGAUCUCGUGUGACCCUGCUCUGGAUGUCUCUUUCUCCUGGGCCUUCAAUGGGCAGCUCCUCAAUAAACUGGACCAACAUUAUGAGCAUGUGGGUGGGAGUACAUCUGGAGAUUUGAUGAUACGGAAUAUACAGCUGAAACACGCCGGAAAGUACGUCUGUGUGGUGGACACGGACGUUGAGAGUUUAUCAGCUGCGGCUAUUUUAAUCGUGAAAGGUCCCCCAGGAGCUCCAGAUGGUGUAACAGUGGAGGAGAUCACGGACAGCACGGCUCAGCUUUCUUGGAGACCCGGCCAGGAUAACGGCAGCCCCAUCACAAGCUAUAUCAUCCAGGCCAAGACAGCUUUCACAGUGGGCUGGCAAGCAGUGAACACGGUCCCGGAGGUGAUUGAUGGGAACACCCUGACGGCAACAGUGGUGGAUCUGAACGCAUGGGUGGAAUAUGAGUUCAGAGUGUUGGCCAGAAACAGCGUCGGUGUGGGGGAACCAAGUCCCGCUUCUCUUAAAACAAGAACGGAAGAUGCAGUUCCUGACACGGCCCCCACCGAUGUCGGAGGUGGGGGUGGCUCCAAGUCAGAGUUAGUAAUAACAUGGGAGCCUGUGCCUGAAGACCUGCAAAACGGAGACGGUUUCGGCUACAUCAUUGCUUUCCGGCCUCUGGGGGAGGUCAACUGGACGCACGCCGUCACCUCCGUACCGUCGCAGUCCCGUUACGUGUACCGUAACGAGAGCAUCCCGCCCUUUUCUCCAUUUAGCGUCAAAGUGGGUGCCUACAACACCAAAGGCCAGGGACCGUUCAGCCCCGUUACCAUUGUGUUCUCGGCUGAGAAUGAGCCCAGUGGCGUUCCAGACGGCGUGUGGGCCAGAAGCAUUUCUGCUACUGAAAUUGAAGUGAGCUGGCACAUUCUCAGCGCUUCCCCAGAAAGAGUGUUGGGCUAUGAGGUGGUGUACUGGGAGGACGAUACAAAACCAGAGACCAUGGGCAAAGUCAGAGUGUCUGCCAAUCAGAACAAGGUUAACAUCAGCGGUCUGCGAGGAUACACUCAGUAUUUCCUAACAGUGAGUGCUUUCAACACAGCAGGAACUGGCCCUCUCUCUCCCACCAUCAACGUGACCACCAAGAAGUCCCCACCCGGGCAGCCACCUUUGAACGUGGAGUGGAAUCUGAUUGGCUCUAAGCUGACGGUUCAUUGGGAGCCUGUCAUUUCUCUGGAGAUGGAGUCAGACGUUACUGGGUAUCAGGUGUCUUACAGAAGGAAUCGGCACAAAGAAAUUAACACAAUAACAACAAAUCUGACCUCAGUGGAGCUCACGCUACCGGCAGAUGAUGACUAUAUCAUCCAGAUACGAGCGCUGAGUGACGGAGGAGAAGGGAUGCCAACCGAACCUAUCAACAUACAUAAACUUAGUAUGAGCGUACGAGGGUCCAGAGCCUGGCGACCCAACGCUAUCCCCGUCUCCUUGCUUUCUAUCAUCGCGUUAUCGACACUGCGACCGGCUUUGUGUUAACGGUCUGAAGGAUCGAGCGUCCUCUGACCGCUUUGAUUGCCUGCGCUCUUCCUCACUGUGGAAUCGUUGGAGAGGUGCACCGAAACACUUUUGAAGCGAGAUUAUCGAUCCAUCUCUCCAUAGUUAUCUGAGGCAAUGCCCAGCGAGCCGUUCAAGAAGCGUAACGGGAAAACGUCAGCGUCACAGUGGUGGGAUUUCGUGUGCAUGUGUUAUGUACUGUGUAUCAUUCUGUCCUUGCAAGUGAUCCGAGACCCUAACAAGGUUUCAACCGAAGGUUUUUGAAGCAUAUUGGUGUAUGAGGAGGGAUGAGUCAUGUUACUGCACUAAGAUUUCAUCUUCUCAUUGAUCCCUCAGAACAAAUGCCUUACUUCCAUGUACAUGCCAAAGUAGUUAACAUGCUUUUAUUUCUUACAAAGCUACUGUUUGUUAAACUUGUGAUUGUUUUGUAAUUAUCACAUCAUUAAUUGAAGGAUUAGUUCACCCAAAAAUCAUUUACACACCCUUGUGUUCACGUGGCUUUUGUUUUUCUGUGGGACACAAAGGAGCGAUUUUAAAGAAUGUUUCCAUGCAAUUACAACGAAUGGAGGCCUUUUAAAGUAAAAAUCUUAGGCCAUCUUAGGCCAUCUUAGGCCAUCCAAGAUGUAGAUGAGUUUGUUUCUUAAACAGGUUUGGAGAAAUUUAGUAUUGCAUCACUUGCUCCCCAGUGGAUCCUCUGCAGCAAAUGGGUGCCAACAGAAAGAUAGACCAAACAGCUGGUUUAAAAACCAAAGUAGUCACACAAUUCCAGUCCAUCUUGUAAAGUGAAAUACAAAUCUAUCAUUAAGUCCAUAAUCUAUAAAAUCAUUCCUCCAGUGAAAAACUCAACAUAUUUGUUUAGAACUGUUUUUGCUUGUAAGCUGUGCUUGAUCUGUGCAUAUUUUUCUUUUGAUUCAGACAAGAUUACCUUUUUUACUGGAGAAAGCAAUUUUAUAGAUGGAGGACCUAUAUUAUACGUGGAAGCAACUGUUUAAAGUUAAAAACAUCUGUAAAAUGCAUUUAUUUAUUACCAACACUCAGCUUUUCUCUUCACAAUAUGUUAAUUGAUGGACUGUAGUCGUGUGGAUUACUUGUUACAUUUUAUCAGGUGUUUGGACUCUCAUUCUGACGGCACCCAUUCACCGCAGAAGAUCCACUGGUGAGCAAGUGAUGUAAUGCUAAAUGUAAGUAAAUGUAUGUAACCCUCGUUUCCUGAAGGCAGGAACGGUGACGUCACGUCAGUGUGACCAACUAAUUAGGAUCUUAAUUAGUCAUUCAUAGCGGCGUGACGUCGAGAGUGACCAACUGAAAGGGAUCCCAAUUAGUCGGUCAUACCAAUGUGGCGCAUAGACUGACCGACUGAAAGGGAGCGUCUCGGUUACAUAUGUAACCCUCAUUCCCUGAAGGAGGGAACGGAGACAUAACAUCGAUAUGACCGACUAUUUGGGAUCCCAAUUAGUCGGUCAUACCGAAGUGACAUCGAGAGUGACCGACUGAAAGGGACCUUCUCAGUUAUGUAUGUAAUCCUCGUUCCCUAAAGGAGGGAACGGAGACGUCACAUUGGUAUGACCAGCUAUUUUGGAUCACAAUUAGUCGGUCAUACUGACAUGACAACGAGAGUGACCGACUGAAAGGUAACGUCUUGGUUGCAUAUGUAACCCCCCUUCCCUGGAGGGAAGGAAGGAAUGGAGACAUCACAACGGUAUGAUUGUCUGUUUCGGAUCCCAAUUAGUCAGUCAUCCCGAUGUGACGUUGAGAAUGACCGACUGAUCUGACUCAUUUUGAGAAUAUGAUUUCUUUUAUAUUCUCAUAAACCUGCAAUGAAAUUACAGUAACAUACUGUAAUUUUGUUGCAGGUUCAUGAGAAUGUAAAGCUAAUGUAUAGCUACAGAGGGCUAGGAAAAAAACAAGUCAUAUGUGACCCUGGACCAAAAAACCAUAAGUAGCACAAGUAUAUUUGUAGCAGUAGCCAAUAAUACAUUGUAUUGGUCAAAAUGAUUGAUUUUUCUUUUAUGCCAAAAAUAAUUAGGAUAUUAAGUAAAGAUUAUGUUCCAUGAAGGCAUUUUGUACAUUUCUGACCAUAAAUAUAGUAAAACGUCAUUUUCAAUUAGUAAUGUCCAUAGUUGUAUCUUGGGCCAAAUACUGUCCUAUCCUAACAAACCAAACAUCAGUGGAAAGCUUAUUUAUUCAUAAUGUAUAAAUUUCAAUUUCAAAAAAAUGACCCGUAUGACUGGUUUUGUGGUCCAGGGUCACAUAUGCUUUUUUUAAUAAUCAAAUUCCUCAUUUACGUUCAUUAUAUUAAACAGAGCAGCCAGUAUAUUCUUUAGAAAUUCACCUUUUUGUGUUCCAAAGAACAAAAAAAGACAUUUGGAAUGACAUGAGGGUGAGUAAAUAAUGACAGAUGGUUCAUUUUUUGUGUGUGAAUGAUCCCUUUAAGCUACUGUUUGUUAUACUCGUGAUUGUUUCGUAAUCACAACAUUAAUUAACAUUUAGCCUUUGCUUAGCAGUUCAGUUAUUUUUUCAAGAGUUGUCUCUGUGCCUUAUCUAUGUUUUAGCACACACAAGGCUUGUAUUUGUUUGCUCCAGGCACCAUGUUGCAGCUGCAAGCCUCUAGUAUUCAUGAUUGUCGGGGUUUUUGACAACACCAGGAAAGGUUAUGGGUAAUUUUGUGUACACUCACAAUGAUAAAGUAACAAUAUCAUAUGAUAAUGACAUGAGGGAACUUAUUAGACUUUUCUUAAUAUGCUAGAGAUGUUCUAAGUUCAAAAUUUGAUUAAGCAUUUAGUCUGAAUGCAGUCAUAAUUUGGUUUAAUAAGAAAAUAUAAUUUUCAAUGAUCAAAAAUGCACUGUUUUAGUAAUAUGUGGGUGAAAAUGUAAUUUUAAGAUGAGACACUAAUUAUUACUGCAUUACAAUAUGAGAGAUGUUAGAUUUUCUUUUCUAACUAACAAAUUCUGGAGUGCAUUUUUAAUGACCUUUUUUUAUUAGUAUCACUUUAUUAUCCCUUGUGAAAAAGAAAUGUUCUUAAUUAUAUUAAAUUUGCAAGUGUAGUGUACUUUAAAUAUUAAAAGUGUGUUUAAAUGGUAAUAUUAAUGAAAAAUGAAAUCACUUUCAUGACCGUUUAACUAUAAAGUGCACUUUGAAAUAUUGAUUUAUCAAUAUUUUGACAUGCUUUCAAGAAGUACACUUAACUUGAUUUGUUGAUUAACAUAUUAAAGCACAUGUAAAGUACUUGUAGUUGUUAAAAUUUAAUAGAUUUAUAUUAAAUUGCAGCAUUGCAAAUGUGUAAUUACAAACAUAUUUCAAUACAUGACAAACAAGUUUCAACAAAAAAUUGCAUUAAAGCAUUUUAUCGUAAACGCUUGUCAGUACAUUCAGCAGUACAAGUGAUUAUGAAAUACUAACUGUAUUAUUUCCAUAACAAGCAGUCUUCUUAAAAGCAUACUUAAGUGUACUUCUUUUUCACAAGGGAUAACUCAAGUAUACUUUUUUUUUUUUUCAGAUUUUUGGAAAACUGAGAAUGAGUAUGCGAUAUCUGUUUUCUAAUUGUAGUGUUACAAUUUUCAGGUACAGCAAAGUGAGUCUGAUACGACAGGUUUAAUGUAUUAAUAAUCUGUUAAGCACUACGGUAUAAACUCAGAAAACAUCCUUGACCCAAUUUAAGUAGUUUUUAUACAACAACAAAUUAGAUGUCAGCUUGUGUUAUUUUCUUUGCCCUCGGUUUAUCUGCAUUGUUAUACCUGAGAGAGCAUAUUCAAUCUGCUGCCGGUGUUUCUUCACACAGCAGAGUAUGCAAACACUUUCGUAUUGGCCGUUGCUUUUUGUACAGAUAGUACAGAUAUCAGCGCAUCCCUAGCUGUUAUUCGUUUUAAAAGGGCGGGCAGCGCUGGAUACUGCAAACGUCUGCUGCAUCUUAAACCAGAAAUGCUGAGUGGUUGCUAAAAGCCACUUGUGGGUUUUUUUUUGUUUUUUUUUUGGCCAUGUACAUUGUGACUUGUUCUUCUGUGACUGUUAAAAGUUCUGGUACUUUAUGUAUUUUCAAGCUUGUUUAACAAACCACAGAUAAAUAGUUUGUGUUUUAUUUGUUACUUUCUCGCUGUGCUGGACUGCGGCGCAGAUUCUAGGCCACUCACCAGAUGCCCCUCAGGGCCUAUAUCAGCUGAAUCAGAUGUGUUUAGGAAAGUUUGGGGCAAAAAACUGCUUACCCAGUAGUGCUCGAAUUGCUUUAGACUCUUUCAGUCCUGGUAAUUAAAGGAAUAGUUCACCCAAAAAUAAACAGUUGCUAAACAUUUACUCACCCCUCAGACUUCACUGGAACAGAACGGAGAGAUUUAGCAUUAAAUCACUUAGUGCUCCUCUGCAGUGAAUGGGCGCCGUCAGAACAACUGAUAAAAAUGUCAUCAGCUAUCCAUAAUCUGUAUUUCUUGUGGAUUAUUGUGAUGUUUUUAUCAGAUGUUUGGAUUCACUCCAUUCGUGAGCAAGUGAUGUACAGUUGAGGUCAAAAGUUUACAUCCCCCUUUCAGAAUCA